ACUAGUUUCCCACCGGCUUCCCCCACUUAAAAGCUUGCCGGUCCUCAACUCUAUGCUGGAGCGCGCCUCGAGUCCCAUCUUCCGCCAUUAAUUCCCUCUUUAAUUCCUCCCCUGUCUGUCCCCACCUCUCUCUCUGGCCUUGAAAUGAUCCCGAAGGAGCGACCUUUCACGAGAUCUGGGGGGCUGCGGCGGUGACGAUGCACGACAAGAGGUUGAACGGGAGACGGCCGCCGUCACCGGCGUCGUCGCCGAGGGCGGCGCGGCGGGGCGGAAGGAAGGAGUGGGGGGCGCCGCCGCCGGGGAUGGAGCGGCUGCUGUACGCGGCGUUGGCCGCGCUGUUCCGGCGGAGGGGGAUCCUGCUGGUGGCGCCGCUGCUGUACGUGUCGGCCAUGCUGGUCUUCAUGGGGAGCUGGAACCUUGAUGCCGUGCCGGUGCGUGUCGGGGUGGCUGUGCUCCACCGCCGGCCGCCGCCGGGGGCGGUGUACAGGAGUCACCAGGUGUUCGAGAGUCUGUGGCCCUUCAUGCAGGCCGACGUGAGCCACUCUAAUGCGUUGAUGACAGCAUGGCAUCAAAAGGCAAGCCAAAGAUGGAAGCCAUGUCUCAACAAGAGGUUAUCUCAUGCAGAGUUGCCGCCUUCAAAUGGCUUCCUCAUAAUCGAAGCAAAUGGUGGGCUAAAUCAGCAACGUCUAUCGAUAUGCGAUGCAGUUGCUGUGGCAGGUCUAUUAAAUGCCACGCUUGUCAUCCCCAUGUUUCAUUUGAACAGUGUUUGGCGUGAUUCCAGCAAGUUUGGGGAAAUCUUUGAUGAAGAUUACUUCAUUGAGACACUCAAGAAUCAUGUAAGAGUGGUCAAAGAACUUCCACAAGACAUACUGAAGCGCUUUGACUAUAAUAUAAGCAACAUUGUGAACAUGAGAACUAAGGCCUUACAAUCCAAAACGUAUUAUUUGCAGAAGGUCCUUCCCAAAUUAUUAGAAAUGGGGGCUGUACGUAUUGCACCUUUCUCUAAUAGGUUGGCACACUCGGUUCCAUCCAAUAUCCAGAGGCUGAGAUGUUUGACCAAUUAUGAAGCAUUACGGUUUUCUCAACCUAUAAGGGUUCUUGCUGAAAAUAUGGUUGACCGGAUGGUGAAAAAUAGCUCCAUGAGUGAUGGGAAGUAUGUUUCAGUGCAUCUUCGGUUUGAAGAGGAUAUGGUAGCCUUUUCAUGCUGUACUUAUGAUGGUGGUGAGGAAGAGAAACAUGAAAUGGAUAUUGCUCGUGAAAGGAGUUGGAAGGGGAAGUUUAGAAGACCAGGUCGAAAGAUAAACCCAGAGGCUAAUCGAAUGGGUGGAAAAUGCCCUUUAACCCCAUUAGAGGUUGGGAUGAUGCUUCGAGGCAUGGGGUUUGACAAUACUACACCAGUUUAUGUUGCUUCUGGUCAAAUUUACAAUGCAGAAAGAUAUAUGGCUCCACUCCGUCAGUUAUUUCCGCUUUUAGAGACAAAGGAUACUCUAGCGUCAGCUGAUGAAUUAGCACCAUUUAAGGGUCACUCAUCCCGUUUGGCAGCACUUGAUUACACCUUGUGUGUUCACAGUGAAGUAUUUGUGACAACUCAAGGGGGUAAUUUUCCACACUUUUUGAUGGGGCACAGACGGUAUCUUUAUGAAGGACAUUCAAAGACGAUAAAGCCUGACAAGAGGAGAUUGGUCUUAUCUUUUGACAACCCAAACAUAAGAUGGGAUAGAUUCAAGCGUAACAUGCAGGAAGUUCUUCAUCACAGUGACUUGAAGGGAGUUGGAUUAAGGAAAUCGGAUGCAUCUCUGUACACUUCUCCCAUGCCUGACUGCAUGUGCCUGCGAUCAGAAGCAUGAAUCUGUAGAUGACAUACACUGGGAGUCAACGGUAAAUUAUACUCAGUCAUAUAUGUCGAUACAUGUGUAAGUAAUCUUGCAUUAACAAUCAUUCAAUUGCAUUAGAAAUUCAUUCAAUUCUUGUUAGGUGAGCCAGAGAGAUCAUAAUUUGAUACUGUAUAUUACCAAUAGACGUCUUCAUUGUAUACGUAACAGAAACAGCAUAUUAUAAGAUUUUCUGAAAUGUUAGCCCUUCUGCAUAAUUUCAGGGCUUUAACUUAA